CGCCGGGCCGGCCCCGCCAGCUCCUCACGGCCGAACCCCGGGGCCGCCUCCAGCCACCCCCGCCCCCGGGGCUGCGCGAGGCCGGCGCCUGGGCGUGGAGGCGCUGCGGACGUGGCGGCACGGCCGCCAUCGCGGCGGGUCCCAUGCGCAGCGGGCGCAAGUAGAGCCGCGGAACGGGGAGGCGAGGUCAGCUGGGCAGGACAGGGCAGGGCAGGGCACUGCUCUCACCUCCCCGCGGCGGCGUGGCCGGCGCUCGCUGCGCCGGGAGAGAACUGGGCGGGGGCGAGGAGGAGGAGCCGGCGCGGGGCUGCCCGCGGAGGGCGCCACGCCUGCGGUCCGUUCCACAGGGCCACCCGCGGAGCAUGGCCGGCAGAGGCGCCGGCAGCGGCCCGCAGCCGCCUGCCGUGGCGCAGCCGCUCGGCGGCGGUCACCUGUACCCCUUCGUGAGCGCGGAGAGCGAGGGGCCCGAGGAGGAGGGCGAGAUGUCGGAACUGCGGCCGCGGGGCAGGGAGAAGGUCCGGCGGAGCGCGUCGAGGGACAGGCUGGAUGAUAUCGUCCUGCUGACGAAGGACAUCCAGGAAGGGGACACGCUGAACGCGAUCGCGCUGCAGUUCUGCUGCUCGGUUGCAGAUAUCAAGAGACUUAACAAUCUUAUCAACGAUCAAGACUUUUUUGCCCUGAGGUCUAUCAAAAUUCCAGUGAAAAAGUUCAGUGUAUUGACUGAAACGCACAUGUCUCCCAAAGGAAAACCAGCUCUUCGGUCUGCUCUGUGUUCCCCAGAAGUACAGGAAACAUCUCUUUGUGAUAAAUUCUCUGCUAAUGAGACUGCUGGCAACUUCUUAAAAGAAGUCGAUCGAGAUAUAGAAGAAAUAGUGAAAUCUAAUGAUACAAAGAGAGAGAAUCUGAAUGAAGUUGUUUCUGCUUUAGCAGCCCAACAGAUCUGUUUUGAAACUGAUGGUAAAACUAAAAAAUGCAAGGAUCCUUACUACGGAGCAGACUGGGGUAUAGGAUGGUGGACAGCAGUAGUGAUUAUGUUGAUUAUUGGCAUAGUAACUCCAGUUUUUUAUCUCCUGUAUUAUGAAGUUCUAGUGAAAGCAGAUGUCAGUCAUCAUUCUCCAAUGGAAUCUUCCCAUUUGUUUGUUACAGAAGUAUCGCAUCAGAAGGAAAUAGAAAACGGAAUAAAUCCAACAAAUAUUAUGAAAGUUGAUAAUCAAGGAGACGUUCAGCAUUAAUAAUGGAAGAUCCUAGACAACUGUUAUUUGUAGAUACAUAACAUAAUCUUAUAUAAAGGGCAAUCCACAGAAUGCAAAAUGCACUUGGAAUGCAGAGAAAAAGUGUACUGAUGUGUGACUUGCCUUUAUAGGUAGUGUUCCACUACAAGGAUAUUUCUGGGGAUCACAUAAUCUCUGAAUAUGCCUGAGACAGGCAAUUUGCAAGAUUGGGGUGUAAAUUGAGGUAUGAAGUCAUCUCUGAAGCUUUGCACUUUUUUCUAUUUUGAUAGGCUUGUUUUUUAAUUAAUGAUGAGGUGAAAAAAUGUAGUUCAAACUAAUACACAAGGAGUCUCACUGUGAGUGUGUUUUGCAGCCCAGAAAUGGGCAUAUGGGGAUAUGUAACUUUUAAACAUCUGAAAAUAUUUAUAGAAUUGAUAGUACACUUGACAUUUUAAUAUCAGGUUUACAGGUGUAAGUUAAAAUGAUGUUCUCAUAGUUUUAUCUUUCUUACAGAGUAAGGUUUUUUUUAAAACUCAAUGAUUCAAUAAUUAAUUGCCACUAUGAAGUUCUUUUUUACAACUGACUAUGACAGACGCAGUAGCAAAUACUUAAACUGGAAUCUUGAACUCUUGUGCCUAUGGUCAACCCAUUCUUUAGUACUUUUCAGCAUAGGCACUAGGGUAAUUUGCUUUUCCAUGUGUGUCUGAACACAGUCCAGUUAGGAGUCUACCUGAAACUUUACAUUAUUCCUUGGUAUCCUGCUGAAAACUGACUGGAUUGCAUUCUCAUCUGGUCACCUGUGUAGAAUGAAAGAAGUGCAGAAGUGUGGCACCAUGCUGUAACUGCCCCAGUAGUCCUUAUUUUCUGCUAAUAGGCUUAUUUUUUUCCCUCUCCCGUUAAUCUCAGUUCAGGACCAACUGAUUCUUCAGGCAGCAGUCGUGUGGGUACUGAGCAUGCUAAUAUUGUUCUCAUGCCCAUGAACCUCAAGCACUUUUUCCUGAAAUGUCCUAGAAAACUUCAAAUUGUAUUUAAUGCCUACGAGCAGAUGGCAGCAGAAUAGACAGCUUGCACCUUCAGAUUUGUUCUUUACAUAUUUUCAUUAUCGUUUUCAUUAACGAUUCUGUUUUUGAAUGUUUCUCUUGGAGUUUCAUUAUCAACUUUGGUUUUCCCCUCUUUUUUUCUUCUCCGUCUGAAAAUGCUACAAGAUAAAAACCAAAACAAACAAAAAAAUAAUUUAAAACCCCACACCUCUGGACUCUUUAUACCGAAAGGAGGUACUUGUGUACUCAGAAUACUUUUAAAUAAAAACUGAGAUGGUGCCUGUAAUUCUUUUUGUUAUAUUUGCCUUGUGCACCAAGAAUUCCAUUGUCCUAUUGAAAAUAGUAUUUAUUACCAAAACCCAAGAUAACAUACUUGAUUAGGAUUUAAAAAGAAAGAAGUGAAAAAACAGUCAGUAUCCUCUAAACUACUAUUGUAAACUUUCCAAUGAGUGUCUUGACUAUGUAUAUACAGUAUAAAAAGUCAGGAAAAGUAAAUGUGUUAUAACUAUUGAGGAAUUCCAAAAUGCUUUACCCGAUUCUGAGAGUAAAGACUUAGGCCCCAUCUAUUCUUGGGGCACCUGUUGCCCCAAGAAGCUGAGCAGAUAGUGUUCACUGGCAUGCCAAGUGUAUGAACAAGAAUUGGCUAACUUGUAUUAUAUUGAAACUGAGGCAGGCCAAAGAAAAAUUGUGUUGUUAGGUACUUGAACUAUGAUCUGUGACUGUUGAACGUUUUGAUUAAAGGAGCAUCUGUGGAGAUAGUCAGCCUACUCAUAGUCUCCACACUAGAAAAGGAAUUACAAACAGCAUGAACUUGAUGGUUUGCAUAACAUUUGUUUUCAAAGAUCUUUUCCAGUGGUUGUUCUUUUCAUUAAGAGAAUAUGCCAGUAAGACAAGCAUAAACACUGAGGUAGCAGUUCUAAUGCUAUACGAAAAAAUGCUUCACAAAGUAAUUUAUUGUGGCUAAAGUGAUAACAGCUCUCAUGGUUAAAACUGUAAAAGGUGACUCGCUCAGACAAGAAAGCUUCAGCACAUAAAAGCAAAUGUUUUCUAUAUAGGGUGAAACUUGGUAUAUAAUGCAUCAUUUUUUUUGCUGCAAGUGUUUUUAUUGUUUUGCUUCUUCUCCCAUCAUUCUGUUCCUGAAACUUACCAGUUCUAAUACUUUAUCCUUCACUUCUUAUGAAUUAAUCAAAGAACAUUAAAUUAGCUGUUGUGAUGAUGCAUCAUAAGCCUAAUUUACAGCACAUACCUGAACUGACGGUUACUAAAUUGCUACUGUGCAGAAGUGAAAUGAACUGCAAUUGUGGUUUGAUUAGGUCAGGAAAGUCUCUGACCUGUUGAUGCGUUGAUACAGAGGUGUGUAGUGGUACAGCUGAAGAGUCCUCUAGUGUGUCCCAGACUUUGGGCUUUCACAGUGCCAAAGACAUGUGGCAUACUGGCACUGAGUUAAGGGUGCCUUGAUUUACCUUAGGACAAGCAGUUUGAUUGGACUAUAUUCCAUUCUAACCAAGAGCCUGGCAUGUUUUUACAUAUGUAUUAUGUAGCAUAUUUCAUACAGUACAUUUUUAAUUCGAAUUAACUUUAUCAGGAAGAUACAGUAGAUCUCUUUCCAAGACUGUAGGACUCCUGAUCCUGGUAAUGUACGACCAUCAAGCUUGGCUUUCUGCAGAAUGUGGGGAUCUUUACAGCUUUUUUACAGAAUACAACACAACUGGUAAUUCAUCAUUACAUGUCAGCCCUUAAUAAACAGGGUAACUGCUCUGUGAGGAACUUAAAUCUGAUUCAAGUUAAAAUCUGUGAAGUUAGUCUUUUAGAAGCUGACUUCUUAAAUAAACAAAAGAAACCCCAAAAGCAAACAAAAAAAAGAGCCAAACUCCCUCACAAAAACAUGGAAUAAUUGAGUUGUAAAUCACUUUUUGGAUUAAUGCAACACGUUGUUCAGGAAAUGGGUUUUAAACUUACAGUGUUGGAUCAUAUAAAAUCUAAAUGUUUUAAGUCUGGUAUACUUUGGAGUAAGUUCUCACAAAUAGUCUUUGUAACUUUUAUAAGGGCUGAAAAUACACCUUUUUGAAAUACUUCUGAGUGAGGAUGUAAGUCUUACUUUAAAUACUUUUGCUCCUCUGCUUUUCAAAGAACAUAAGUAAUAUAUGUAAAAUAAAGAGUUUAUUAUAGGCUGCAGUGAAAAUAGUGCAUCUAAUAUAUUUUUAGUU